AUGUGUGUUAUUCUGGGGGGGUCCCUCCCUAAGCCUAUCCUCAGAGUACAGCCAGAUUCUGUGGUCUCAAUGGGAACUAAGGUGAUCUUCGUUUGUGAACAGAUCAUUAGAGUCAAAGAGUCUGAUCUCUAUAGAAAUGAAUACCUACAGAGUAGAGUUCCAAAGAACCAUCAAAGGCCAGCAAACAAGACUGAAUUCUUAUUCUCAAAUGUAUGCCAGCAAAAUGCAGGGCAAUAUCAAUGUUCCUACAGGACUCAGGGUAAAUUAUCAGACUACAGUGAGCCCCUGGAGCUAGUGGUCACAGGAGCCUACUGGAAACCCAGGCUUUCAGCCCAGACCGACCCUGUGGUGACCUCAGGAGGGUAUGUCAUCCUCAAAUGUGAGUCCUCCGAGCAAUAUCACAGUUUCAUCAUUACUGUGGAAGGACCACAGAUGUUCUACUCAUGGCAGGACUCAAAGUAUAACUAUUCUACUGGGAAGUUCCAGGCCCUGUUCCCUAUGGGUCCUUUGACCUCCAACCACAGAUGGAUAUUCAGAUGCUACAGCUAUGAAAAAAACACACCACAAGUACAGUCAGAUCCUAGUGAACCACUGGAGCUCCUGGUGUCAGGGAAACUGCAAAAACCAACCAUCAAGGCUGAACCAGGCUCUGUGAUCCCCUAUGGAAGGGCCAUGACCAUCUGGUGUCAGGGGGACCUGGAUGCAGAAAUAUAUUUUCUGCAUAAGGAGGGAAGCCACAAUACACAGAGGACACAGACCAUACAACAGCCUGGGGACAAGGCCAAGUUCUUCAUCCCUUCUGUGACACAAGGCCAUGCAGGGCAAUAUCGCUGUUACUGUUACAGCUCAGCUGGCUGGUCAGAGCCCAGUGACACCCUGGAGCUGGUGGUGACAGGAAUCUACUACUAUGGAGUCAAGCUGUCAGGACUGCCCAGCCCUGUGGUGCCAGAGGGAGGGAACGUAACACUCCACUGUACCUCACACAGCAACUAUGAUAAAUUCAUUCUCACCAAGGAAGAUCAGAAGUUCACCAACUCACUAGACACAGAGUAUAUAUCUUCUACUGGACAAUACCAAGCACUGUUUGUAUUGGGACCCAUGACCACAAACUACUCAGGGACAUUCAGAUGUUAUGGUUACUACAAGCAUACCCCACAGUUGUGGUAAGUACCCAGUGAGCUCCAAAAAAUACUCAUCUCAGGACCAUCAAGGAAGCCAUCUCUGCUAAGUCAUCAAGGCCAUAUACUUGAUCCUGGAAUGAGCCUCACACUGCAGUGUUACUCUGACAUCAACUAUGACAAAUUUGCACUGUACAAAGAAGGGGGAGCUGACAUCAUACAGUCCUCUAGCCAGUGGACCAAGGCUGGCCUCUCCAAAGCCAACUUCACACUGGGAUAUGUAAACCACUCCACUGGAGGCCAAUACAGAUGCUAUGGUGCACACAACCUCUCCUCUGAGUUGUCAGCCUCCAGUGAUCCCCUGGACAUCCUGAUCACAGGACAGAUUUAUGACACACCUUCCCUCUCAGUGAAGCCUAACUCCUCAGUACACUCAGGAGAGAAUGUGACCCUGAUGUGUUGGUCAAUGUACCCUGUGGACACUUUAAUUCUGUCCAAGGAGGGAUCAGGCCAGCCACCCCUUCGACUAAAGUCAAAGUUUGAAGAUCAGCAGUACCAGUCAGAAUUCUCCAUGAGUGCUAUGACCUCCACCCUCUCGGGCUCCUACAGGUGGUAUGGUUCUCGAAACUCAUCUCUCUACCUGUUGUCAUUUGCCAGUGCCCCUGUGGAGCUCAUAGUCUCAGAAUCCAUCGAAGCCUCCAGCUGGCCAACUAAAAGGUUCAUCACAACAGCCACCCCAGAGAACCGGGAUCACACAAUGGAGAAUCUCAUCAGGAUGGGGAUAGCUGUCCUGGUCCUCAUAGUCCUUUCGAUUCUAGCUGCUGAGGCCUGGCAAAGUCAUAGACAGACCCACCACGCAGCUGGCAAAUAAUCUAAAGAGAAAGGACAGCUUUCAAUGUUCUACACUCUGAGAAAUGAAUCUGAUGAUCCAAAAUUUUCUGUCAGAAAAAUGUGCUGUGAUAGAAGUCCAGGGAGCAAUAUUGUUUGGGGUUCUGAGGAAAGAAGUUUUAUGAUGAUGUAACUCCUUGGUAAACAAAUAUUUGUCCCUCGCACACUGGGGGUCUUCGCUUACUGAACCCACACUCUUCUGAAACUAUAAAAUAAUAAAAUAUUCUGUCCCA